AUGGAUGCAAGAAGGGGGAAUAUCUGCACUGCAGAAUUGACUCUUGGACCUUCGCCUCUUCCCACGAGUAAUCGCUACCCAGGGAAGGGGAAAUUGGAGAGAGGGGGGGAGAAGGGAAAGGGAAUGGGAAGAGGUGAAGAUGCAGCAACACGCAGCAGUCAGCAGCCAGCAGGGGGGGCGCGGCGCGAGGGGAGCAGGAAGACCGGCGGGAUUAAGACCCAGGGGGGGCGCAAAAAGGAAGAGGAUCCCGAGCGAAGGCAAGAAGCAGAAAAGCAAAUGAUGAUGGGGGUGAAGAAGAGAGAGGGGAUAGAGAGAAGGAGAGGAAGUGAUGGCGGUGGUAGUGAGUCCGUAGCGAAUGUCAAGUAUAGAAUUGAGGUUCCCACCUUAAUUUGGGAGCAGAGAAACAGCAGGACGAGUAAUUCCAAGGCGAGCCGCGAAAGGAACGGGCAACAAGCCCGUCACCAGCAUUUGCUUUGCGUUGCUUUGCUGUGCUGGCUGGGGAAAGCAAAAAGCGGGGAUGUGACUGGACCAUGGACCUUGGAUACGGACGGAGGAGUGGACUUGGGAAAACCCGACUCUAGAACGUUAGUGGGGAUGACCGACUUCCCUGGCUACCUAAUGUAUCCAUUAUGGACGGAUGUCCUCACGAGUCAGUCAGUCAGUCAGGCUUUGAGGGAACCUGAUCAGCCGACACUUCCCCUCCUCCUCCCAGCAUCCAGCACAACAGCCCAGACCGACAGACCAGAGACAGAAUAG